AUUUUGGAACUAUCCACGUAAAACGUUUCUGUUUGCCACAAAAACUCUUGAAUGUUUCUUUUUUCUCUUUUUGAAAAAAAGAACUCUUGAAUGUUCGAGGUCAAGUGGAUAAAAAUUUAUUAAGUUUAGUGAAUAAUAUAAAGAGUGUGAUUAGGAAAUAUGAUAUAUUAAGUUUGUGACUAUCACAACCUUUUACUGAUCCAAAAGAUUAUUUCUAUGUUUCACUAAUAAUUUACCAAACAAGUAAAAUAUGUUUUUUUUUACUCUACUAACUAUUCAAAGAAAAAUAUAUACACACUCAAAUUUACUCUCAGUUUUGUUAGAAUAAUAUUUUUUUGUCAUCAACAUAAACAGAUUGCUAAAAUUCUGAAUAAUAUUUAUUUUGUACUUUUUCAAAUUUCUUGCUUAAAAUAUAAAUGUCAUUAACUGAAUAAUGAUUGGUUGAUUACCAGAUUAAUUUGGAAUCCAGUUUGCUCGAAAGAAACUGAUUUUCAAGUUUCAAACAAAAAAAGAAUCUGAUUUUCACAAUUUUAUUUUACUUCAUUUUCCACCUUUAAUUUUUACUUGAAUUUACUUUAAUACUAUCAAUCAGACUCUUACCCUUGUUUUAGUUAGAGUAAAUUUGUUUGUGUAUUUGAUCAUCAAUGACAGUAACUUGAAGAAAUAGAAAGAAUUUUUUUCACCUAAUUGGUAAAUUUUCAGAGUAAAUAAAAGUAAUUAACUUUUCUCUUAAUUAUUAAUUCUCAAUGUGCCAUACAGUUAAAGCCAAAUAUGUUCUUUCAUUACUUCUUCAACAUGCGUCAAAAUCACAUAUCCUUGUAAAACAUAGUUACAAAAUAGGAGAUUCAUACACACAAACUGAUAAAAAAAUUUACGUUUAAAUCGUAACAGAUACGGUAAUUUUACCUUUUGUUAUAUUAUUUAAGUAUAUAAAAAACAAAGAUUGUCUUAUUUCUCCUUCUCUAGUGAGAAACGCAUAUGGCACCCACCCAUCCACCCACUGUGACUCCCCACAACAAAUAAAAUUUUAAAUAAAUGUUAUCAUGUGUGUACAAUACAAAUAUAUAUACAUAUAAUGUGUAUGUAGAGGUAUGCAUGUAUGCUUCUAUAUGUGAAAGAUCUAUAAAGCUUUACAAAAGUGCUUCAUCUAGGAGAAACGACAAAAUACGCAGAGAAAUCCAAACAAAAAGUGCUUCCUCUUGAAGAUCCAUCGAAAAGGUUCUUCUUCCGUUUUUUCUAUUUCUCUUUCUUUCUCUGGGUGGUCCUGUUGAUCAUACAGAGAGGAAGACAAAGAGUUAUCGAUGGCUGAAGAUGGAAACUUGCAUAUUGGUAAUAGUAAUUACAAUAGAGAAGAAGAAGCAGAUCCAGAGAAUAACACUAUGAACCAACCUCUCCUUAAGAGACAUAGAACUCUUUCUUCAACUCCUCUUGCUUUGGUCGGUACCAAGGUUUCACACAUCGAGAGCUUAGAUUAUGAGAUAAAUGAGAACGAUCUGUUCAAGCAUGACUGGAGAAGCAGAUCAAAGGCACAAGUGUUUCAAUACAUAUUCGCAAAAUGGACAUUAGCUUGUCUUGUUGGUCUCUUAACUGGUCUCAUCGCUACUCUCAUCAACCUCGCCGUCGAAAACAUCGCCGGUUACAAACUUCUCGCCGUUGGCUAUUACAUAGCGCAAGACAGGUAUUUGACAGGUCUGUUGAUCUUUACGGGUGCAAAUUUGGGUCUGACUUUGGUGGCGACAGUACUUGUUGUUGUCUUUGCUCCUACGGCGGCUGGUCCUGGGAUUCCUGAGAUUAAAGCUUAUCUCAACGGCGUCGACACUCCCAAUAUGUUUGGUGCAACCACCAUGAUCGUUAAGAUCGUUGGAAGUAUUGGAGCAGUUGCAGCUGGACUUGAUCUUGGCAAAGAAGGGCCUUUGGUUCACAUUGGAAGCUGCAUAGCUUCUUUGCUUGGCCAAGGUGGUCCAGACAACCAUAGAAUCAAAUGGAGAUGGCUUCGUUACUUCAACAACGAUAGAGACCGUAGAGAUCUUAUUACAUGUGGAUCCGCCUCUGGAGUAUGUGCGGCUUUCAGAUCACCAGUAGGAGGAGUGCUCUUUGCUCUUGAGGAAGUCGCUACGUGGUGGAGAAGCGCUCUCUUGUGGAGGACCUUCUUCAGCACAGCCGUUGUUGUGGUUGUACUGAGAGCGUUCAUUGAGAUUUGCAAUUCUGGUAAAUGCGGGCUUUUCGGUAAAGGAGGACUCAUUAUGUUUGAUGUGAGUCAUGUUGAGGUUAGGUAUCACGCAGUAGAUAUAAUCCCUGUCACGUUGAUCGGAGUCUUUGGUGGCAUUCUUGGAAGCUUAUACAACCAUCUUCUUCAUAAAGUUCUUCGUCUUUACAAUCUCAUCAACCAGAAGGGUAAGAUUCACAAGGUGCUUCUGAGUCUUUCGGUGUCUCUAUUCACUUCGGUGUGCUUGUACGGUCUUCCUUUCUUAGCGGAAUGCAAGCCUUGCAACCCUUCGAUAGACGAGGCAUGUCCAACAAACGGAAGAUCAGGGAACUUCAAGCAGUUCAACUGCCCCAACGGUUACUACAACGAUCUAGCGACACUGUUUCUCACAACCAAUGAUGACGCAGUAAGAAACGUUUUCUCUUCAAACACUCCUAAUGAGUUUGGUAUGGUUUCCCUCUGGAUAUACUUUGGCCUCUACUGCAUUUUGGGGCUUAUCACAUUCGGUAUAGCAACACCUUCCGGUCUCUUUCUCCCGAUCAUCCUCAUGGGUUCUGCUUACGGUCGGAUGCUAGGCACUGUAAUGGGAUCUUACACAAAGAUUGACCAAGGGCUUUACGCGGUACUCGGUGCAGCUUCACUCAUGGCUGGUUCCAUGAGGAUGACAGUCUCGCUCUGUGUGAUUUUCCUAGAGCUCACCAACAACCUUCUAUUGUUACCCAUCACAAUGUUUGUGCUUCUCAUUGCUAAAACAGUUGGAGACAGUUUCAAUCUAAGUAUCUACGAGAUCAUUCUCCAUCUUAAGGGUUUACCUUUCUUGGAAGCGAAUCCGGAGCCGUGGAUGAGGAACCUCACUGUAGGUGAGCUUGUUGAUGCUAAGCCUCCGGUUAUAACGCUCCGCGGAGUAGAGAAAGUCGCGAAUAUAGUCGAUGCGCUGAGGAACACAACACAUAACGCAUUCCCGGUGUUGGAUGGAGAAGAUGUAGAUAAUGGUGCUGGGACGGAGCUUCAUGGGUUGAUCUUGAGAGCACAUCUUGUUAAAGUUCUGAAAAAGAGAUGGUUCUUGAAUGAGAAGAGAAGAACGGAAGAGUGGGAAGUUAGGGAGAAGUUCACACCGGUGGAGUUAGCUGAGAGAGAAGACAAUUUUGAUGAUGUUGCAAUCACAAGCUCAGAGAUGCAAAUGUACGUUGAUCUUCAUCCUUUGACCAACACAACACCUUACACUGUGGUGCAGAGUAUGUCAGUGGCCAAGGCUUUGGUGCUUUUCCGAUCAGUUGGACUCAGACAUUUGCUGGUUGUCCCCAAGAUUCAAGCUUCAGGAAUGUCUCCUGUCAUAGGGAUCUUAACAAGGCAAGAUCUAAGGGCUUAUAACAUUCUACAAGCGUUUCCUCACUUGGAUAAACACAAAAGUGGAAAGCUGAGAUGAAAGAAGCUAAUCUAAGCAAAAGCAAAGAGGCUUCUUCACCUUUUGCUUUUGUGCCACUGAUUGCAUCAGCUUUGGAUUUGUGUUUCAUUCUCCCAUUCUUGGUCAUAUUUUUUCUGUCCAGUUUUGCUUGCAUUCUUUCUUCAAUACCCCCCCCAAAAAAAAAUAUAUACUGUUGUUUCGUAGAUAUGUAUUUUCUAUUUGUAAAGCUCUAUAUUUCUUUUUUACCAGAUA